UCGUGUGUACAAUAAUCGACGACACCCAAGUUGAGCCUAGUCAGAAUUUUAUGAUUGUGAAAAAUGAAUCUAGGAGAGCUCAGACGCGUAUUUCAUACAGCAAUUUUACGAAGUUAUGUGCCAAGUAUGUUACGAUAUGGGAAUUGGGAGACAGAAAAACAGAAUAUGGGAAGGCAAGAAGUGUAAAAAUUAAGGUGUUGUGUACCUGUCACAUUUGGAAUAAUGAAUUCGUAGUUGUGACAAUUCGAUAAAAAACUGGUCCGGCCCAGGAUGGGUUUUUUAGAGGACACGUGUGUGAUCCUUGGGACGCAGAUACUCUUCUUCCUAGGAGGAUGGGUAUUCUUUGUAAAGAAAUUAUUUCGGGAUUACGAAGUUCACCACAGAUUGGUGCAGCUUAUUUUUUCCACAACAUUUUCGUUAUCUUGUACAAUGUUUGAACUCAUCAUAUUUGAGAUUAUCGAUGUGCUGGAUUUCAGCUCAAGGUAUUUCCAUUGGAACACUGGCCUGUACAUGCUUUUGUUCAUGGUGAUAGUGUUGAUACCGUUUUACAUAGCCUACUUUAUUAUCAGUAACAUCAGAUUUGUUAGGCUGAAUUUAAUCAGGCCACUAACGGUGCUGGUGUACCUCUUUUACCUGUACCUGUUUUGGAAAGUCGGAGAUCCCUUUCCUAUCCUUAGUCCCAAAAAGGGUCUACUGUCCAUAGAACAAGGUGUCAGUCGGAUCGGAGUUAUUGGUGUUACGGUGAUGGCACUUUUGUCGGGGUUUGGAGCGGUCAACUACCCAUAUUCAUCAAUGGCUUAUUUUAUGCGGCCUGUUUCCUACACAGAUGUACAAUCAGUAGAGAGGAGGCUACUUCAGACGAUGGACAUGAUAGUGGCUAAGAAAAAGAGAAUUGCCUUAGCUAAAAAAGGGGAAGUCGCUGGUCAGCCUGAGGUCAGAUCCCGCCUCUGGGGAAUGCUGGCUCCUUUGGGAGGAAGUAAAGGAAGUCAGGAAAACAUAAAACAACUUCAGCAAGAAGUUGCGGCACUGGAAGAAUUGUCUCGACAAUUAUUCCUAGAAGCUCAUGACAUCCAAAACGCCAGAGAACGACUCGAGUGGGCUGCUACGUGGCAGGGGAAGUACUUCAAUUUUCUCGGUUACUUUUUCUCCCUCUAUUGCAGCUGGAAGAUUUUCAUUUCUACAAUUAAUAUUGUCUUCGACCGGGUAGGCAAAAAGGAUCCCGUUACACGAGGAAUGGAAAUUGCUGUACAUUGGAUCGGAUUUGACAUUGAUGUGACUUUCUGGUCGCAGCACAUUUCCUUCUAUCUAGUUGGGUGCAUAGUCGUAACGUCCAUCAGAGGGCUUCUACUGACACUUACAAAGUUUUUCUACGCGAUAUCAAGCAGCAAAUCAUCUAACAUAAUCGUUCUCAUAUUAGCUCAAAUAAUGGGGAUGUAUUUCGUUUCAUCCGUUCUUCUCAUGCGAAUGAACAUGCCUGCCGAAUAUCGUGUGAUUAUAACGCAAGUUCUUGGUGAUCUGCAGUUUAACUUUUAUCACAGAUGGUUCGAUGUGAUAUUCCUUGUGUCCGCGCUAUCUUCUAUUGUAUUUUUAUAUCUGGCUCACAAGCAGGCUCCUACGGAGCGUGCGUAAAGCACAAAUAAAUUAUUUUUUAACAUAUCCAAACGAUUCACACUUAACUAUUAUAUAUGUUGAAUUCUUUUCUGAAACUUUCAGAAACGCUUUGGCAAAACGCGAAUAAAUAACGGAACUUGAUAUUGAUACAGUGGGAAAAACAAACUUGUUUAAUCGAUCAUAAAGGUGUGUUAAACCAGAAAACUGUAAACCACGACCCAACUAUAUAGUGUAGUAAUAGUGAAGUAACGUUACGAUCACGUGAUAUGAAUGUAGUGGAAGUUACACUCGGACUUCUGAGAGGCAAGGUUUUCCAAAUUUGAAGAAUAUCCUGCAUCAACUUAUUUAACAAUAAAUUGAAAAAAAUACUUUUGUUAA